AUGGAUCCAAGCUCUCCUAAAUACUAUCACGAGGAUGAUAUUGAUUCAAAUGGCUUAUAUGACACUUAUGUUGGUGCCACAGCAGAUAAAAAGCAUAUUGAGGAGAUUUUAUUAUUCCCUCUAAAGGCAAUUUCCAGUGAAAUAAAAUCAGGUCGUAUAAGAGGAAGCACCUUGAAUGACAUUUCAUUUGGCACCUCUAUUUUCCACUUGUUACCACUUUGUAAAUAUUUCAAAGACAUCACUGUUCUAGAGGUUAAUGAGCACUCUCUAAAGGGCCUACAGAAAUGGCUGAAUAAAGAAGAAGAUGCUUUGGAUUGGUCUCAUGCUGCAAAGAUUGUUGCCAAACUUGAAGGAAACAGUGAGAAGUGGGUUACAAAAGAAGAUGAUCUGAGAAGAUGUAUUAAAGGCAUAUUGCCGUGUGAUUUUACCAAAGAAAACCCAACUGACCCUGUUGUGUUGCCAAAAGCAGAUUGUGUGAUUGAAUUGUUUGUGCUGGGUAAAAUUUCAAAAGACCUGGACAGUUACCGUCGUAAUCUAAAGAUAAUGUCAUCUAUGCUUAAAUUAGGAGGGUGUAUUUUACUGUUUGGGACAUUUAAUGCAUCACAUUAUAAAGUUAGUGGGCACACAUAUCAUCUCUUAAAUUACAACGAAGUUGGACUAAGAAGUGCUCUAAAAGAUUGUGGGUUUUCUAUUGAACAAAUGGAAGUGAUGGAAAGCAAAAUACGCAGUGAUGUUAACUCCAUGAUGGAUCCCAGCUCUCCUAAAUAUUAUCUUGAGGAGAAGUUUGAUCCAAAUGACUUAUAUGACACUUAUGUCGGUGCCACAGCAGAUAAAAAGCACACGGAUGAGCUUUUAUUAUUCCCACUGAAGGUAGUUUUCAGUGAGGUAAAAUCAGGUCGCAUCAAAGGAAGCACCUUGUUUGAUAUUUCUUUUGGCCCCUUUAUUUUCCACAUGUUACCACUUUGUAAAUAUUUUAAAGACAUCACUGUUCUAGAGUUUAAUGAACCCUGUCUAAAGGUGCUGCAGAAAUGGCUGAAUAAAGACAAAGAUGCUUUGGAUUGGUCUCAUGCUGCAAAGAUUGCUGCUGAACUUGAAGGAAACAGUGAGAAUUGGGUUGAAAAGGAAGAUGAUCUGAGAAGAUGUAUUAAAGCCAUAUUGCCGUGUGAUUUUACCAAAGAAAACCCAACUGACCCUGUUGUGCUGCCAAAAGCAGAUUGUGUGAUUAAUUUGUAUGUGCUGGGUAAAAUUUCAAAAGACUCAGACAGUUACCGUCAAAAUCUAAAGAUAAUGUCAUCUAUGCUUAAAUUAGGAGGGCGUCUUUUAUUGAUUGGGGCAUUUAAAGCAUCACAUUUUAAGGUUAGUGGGCAAAAAUAUCAUGUCUUAAAUUUUAACGAAGAGGAACUAAGAACAAUUCUGAAAGAUUGCGGUUUUAAUAUUGAACGAAUGGAAGUGAUGGAAAGCAAAAUACGUAGUGAUGUUGUAUAUUAUCAUCAGAUGUUUUAUGUUUGUGCUGUCAAAAUCAAAGAGCUUUAAAACCAUUCAUCUCUAAA